CUAGGCUCGUAGGCGGGGGUGGGGGUGGGGGUGGGAGAUGGAGUGGCCAUGCGGCUUUUAGGAAUUGGGUUUCUUCCGCUGGUGGGAAACUGGCUCGUAGAUUCCUGCCUCUUGGUUAAAGCAAGCGCUUGCUCCUCUCGCUCGCUCGCUCGCUUACUCGCAUGCUCAUACUCGGGGCCUCAGUCACUCAGACAGCAGCAGCAGCAGCAGCAGCAGCCCUCGAGGGACAAGCGCAGUUCAGUUGAAUCUCGGUGGGUUACGACGACGGUACUGCUCGGAAAAUCGCUGGCACUUACCCUCGGAGGGAGUCAGAUUGGAGGGUGCUGCUAGCCUCGGCGCUCCAGAGAUACCAACAUAUGUGAUUCCAUUCGGCCGGACCUUGAUUGGACUCAGUGUCCUGCCCUACCCUGCGCUAGGGCGGGGGCGGGGGCCGUAGCUGUGGAGGGGUGAAAGUUUCUCACCUCGUUCUGGACGCUAGUCCAUUACGGUUGGUCCUCACAAUUACCUCAGUCUCUGCCCGGAAAUGCGCUCGUGCGCUGCGCGUCAUUGGUCGCAAUCUACCAUCAGAUUGGGUGCAUUGAUGAGCAGAUUUGAAGGCCCAGAUCGCUUUCAAUAGGGGCUUCGCCGUAUUACUCUCGCCUGACGCUGAUAAGUUGAGCUACAUUCUAAUUUGCGAAUCUGCACAGGCUGAAUUGAUUACGUUCACCACUCGAACCUCCCUCACUGAUGAGGAGGAUGCACGAGACGAAUCUGUCUAUGGCCUGCCCCCUUCAUCCUACUUAGGCUCGUAGUCGCUUGUCCUAAUAAGAUUCCUGUCUUGUCCCCUGUUCUGUUGUGCUUCGCUUCGCUUCGCUUUGCUUUGCUCUGCUCUGCUCAGCCCGCCCAUGGAUCCAUGAAGACAGAGUGGCCACCGGCCUCGAGGCCAUCGCUCACGAGGGCUUCGUCCUCUUUCGUCGUCCUGACGGGACCGAAGCCGUGCCUCGCUCGGGUCGACGACAGCGUCGCGUUCCUUCCACUUUCCUGUUUCCCAGUUCCAAAAGAAGGUCCAUGAUCGUCGCGUAAGUCAAUCGGAACGCGAAGACUUUGAGACCUCGAGUAGGUCGAGAGCGACAGCACUUGCCGGAGGAAACCUCCAUCUGACACAAAUCCCGAAAGGGAGGCAGGCACUCAAGAAUCGCUAACUUCUUCCAGCGGACGACGACGACGACGACGACCGACGUCGUCCGGCAUGGCUAUGGCAGGCGAGGCUCUGCAGGAUUGGAACCAACUGGAGGACAAACUGGCCUCCAAGCUUGCCCAAUUGACCAAGCUUCUGCACCAUUUCUCCGCAUUCCCCCCCGAGGCUCCCGACGCAAAUGACGACGAGAUUGCCGGGCAGCAUGAGAGCGAGAUACAUGAAAUUCUCAAUGAAACUGCCUCGCGCAUCAGGCAGUUCAAGACGUCCCUGGAGAUUCAAAUCCAAGACAAUCGCGUGCAGGAAACAAUUCAGGCCAUGGCAAGCCAGUACCAAGUCUCGAGGGAGGCAUCUGAGAUUGAGCUCAAGGGUGCUAAUCGGAAAGCAGAGCAGCUGGAAAAGGACAUGAAAGAACUUGAGAAGGCUUUGGAAGACAAGAAUGAAUCAUUUGUCAGAGAUUCCAUGCUUUUACGAAACGAGCUACUCACCAAAACGAAUGAAUUCGAGUCCGCGAAACAGGCUUACCUCCUUGAAAUUGACCGUUUGAAAAGAGUUCACACAACAGAGAUGUUAGCCCAAAGUGAGAAGGCAGAAAAGGACUUAAUGGAAGCGACGAAAAGGCAGACGGAGCUCCAAGCAAGGAUCCUACACUUGCAGGAAAUUGCCAAGAAGGAGCUCGAGAAACACACACAAGCUUUAGAGGAGGCCAAGGCCCUAUACAAAGCAGAGCUUGAACGGCUGAAGCUGGAGAGCUUUGUUGAGCUGGAAAAGAUGUCUCAAGAUUGUGCAGCUCGGGAAGCAGAGUGGCAUGUACAAGACUUGGAAUUUCAAAAUAAGCUGGCCGAAGCUGCGAAGGAAAAAGUGCAAAUUACACUCUACUCUAAAAUGAAGGCUGAAGAGGGCACGUCACGUUUUGAGGCUAUACAACAAACCUUGGACAAGGAGAAAGAGAUGACCACGAAACUCCAGAUUGCUUUGCAUCAGUCAGAAGAGGAGAAUAGAACUCUGAAGGAGAAUUUGGAAACUGCUUUGAUCAGCAAAGACAAUUUGUCUUUAACGAUUGAAACACUAAAGCAAGAAGCACUGUUAUCUGAAAAUUCGCAUAGUGCAGCUAUCUCAGAAUGGGAAUCUCAGGCAAGUCUCUUGAGAGCAGAUCUAGAGAACAUGACAAAAGCUUGCCAAGAGAGCGAGAAUGACAUCAAAACCUACAGAAUCAAGGUGGAAGAGUUGGCGUUUCAGCUUGCCUCAAACCGUCGGGAGUUGAGUCUCAUGGUCAUGGAAGUAGAUCAACUCAAAAAAGAGAACGAGGAGUCUUGCAGUAAAAUAAACGAAAUUUUGGAGACAAGAAUACAGCAACAGAUUCAGGCUCAUGAGAGGAAUGUCCAAAGUCUUCAAAUGUCCUUCUUGUCACAGCUCGAGGACCAUAAAAAGGGAAGCGAACUUCAGCUAGAAUCGAUGGAGGAGAAAUUACAGAGACAAAAAGAAGAAAAGGCUCGUGCAAAAGAGGCUUGCGCGGAAUACAUGAAGUCCUUGAGAGCGGUAGAGCAGAAAAUGGGGGAUCAGGAAACAAAGCUUGUUUCACAAUUCGAGAUUUAUUCAAAAAAGAUUGUGGAGCUGAUUGAGAAGUUGGACAAAAUGGAAAGUAAAGGAUCUGGAUUAGAGGAGGACUUCAACUCUAUGCUGAAACAAGUAUUGAAACAUACGCAACAGUCUAAACAGGUGGGUAUGAAUCUUCAAGAAAGUCAAGCAGCAUGUGUCAGCCUCGAAAAAAAGUUGACUGCCAUUACGCAAGAGUAUGGAGCCAGGACCAUGAGCUAUUGUGAGGAGGUCGCACUACUGAAGCAGGCCUUAACAGAAGCAGAUCGCGAACAUAAUCUAGCAAUUGCUACUGCUGUUCAGAGUCAUGCUUCACAAAUUCAGCAGUGUAUGAAUGACAUGCAGAGGCUGAAGGAGGGGCACAAUCGGGCUGUGGCAGAACUUGUACGAGAGCACAGGAAGGAGAUUGGUGCAUUGACCUCUCAGCUUCAAGCCGAAAAGGAUGCGGAAAUUGCAGAGCAGACAUCUAGAUUGGAUAGCUGUUUACGAAGGAAGAAAAUCGAGUGCAGCGAAGAAGUUGAAUUGAUGACCUUAGAACAUGAGAAAGCUCUUAGAGAGCUCAGGAAUGCAUUAGAUGCAGCCAUGAACAGAGAGACCAGAUUGGUGCGCACACACAUGAAUGAAUUGAAGACUCAACAAGAAGAAUCCGAAGAUGCGUUGGAGAGAUGCAAGAAAGAGUGCCAGGAAGCGUUGAAGGUAUCCGAGGCUGUUUCUCAGAAGUUGGCACAUGAGUUGUAUGAUCUGAAAGAGGAUCACAUAAUGCAAAUCCAAACGAUGAGUGAAAAAUAUCACAGUCAACUCUCGAGCAUCGAGAAGGAGUGGAAGAUCAGACUGAAGAGUGCAGAAGACAAAUGGGAGGAGAGACUAGAGAAUGAGGCUGCAACCUCUAGCAAACAUCUCCAAACUGCACUCGAUGAGCUAAGAAACUCAUUACUGAAUUCCUUUGCAGAAGAGAAGCUCAAACUUGAAACGGAACGAAAGAAGGAAGUUCACGACUUGCAAGCUCAUAUAUCUGAGCUAGAAUCACUAAUUACCGUCAAGGAAGACAGAAAUCAAGAAUUACUGCAAGUAAUUGCAAAGAUGGAAGAGAGCAGUAGGAUCGCAUUGCAGGAGAUGAAGACAAGCCACAAACAAACGAUAUGCGACAUGAUGGAGAGGCAACGAGCUGAGCUGAACGAUCUUCAGAAGGAAGGAUCGGCUGUGAUUGAAGAGUUGCAGACGAAGAACAGAACUGCAUUAGAGGCUUCUCAGAAAUUUGCAGAAAAAGCUCAACUGCAAAUGAAGGAAGUUAAAAAAGAUUUGGAGGAGAAACUCAAAAAGCUACAGAAACGAUUUGAAUCUAGAGAAUCCAGAGAAGAAGACGUGGUGCAUCUGAUGAGAUUGCAAGAAACAUGUCUUCAGAAGGAUAGUACGAUUCAAGAGCUACACGAAAAGACGAGUCAAUUAAGGCUGGAGUUGGUUAAUCGUGAGGAGACCUACAACAGAAUUUUCGGUAACUCGCCCACAGUUCAGCAGGGGGUUUCGGACUGGCUCAGACCAAGAGCCAAGAUUGAAUCGGUCAAGGUAGAGAGUUCCCGCAUGAAGGCAGCCAUGGAUAAAGUUGACAUUGUAAAAUUACAAAAACGAGCUGCCUCUGCAAGAAGAAUGCAAUGUAAGGGUCCAGAGCCAAUCAUAAGAAGUGCCAGCAAUCAGCUCUAGUUCUAUUAUCCUUCAUGUGAACUGUAGAAAGGUCGAAGAUCGAAGGUCAUUCAUAGCUGGCCACGUGUAUAUCUGAUCGUCAAUAAGUGUUCAACGGCACGUACCACUAUCGAUGGAGGAAUAAAGAAUUUUGAAAAUG